GCUCCACCGGAGGUGGGCUUCGUGUGUCUCUCGAAAUUGUUUCCCAGCCUACAAUAGAUAGACCCAGUGAGCAUUGUCAGUGAACGAAAACAAUCUUUCGCCUCCGAGAAGUCCGAGAGAUCCGGAUUAUCGCUGCAGACUUCGGUGACGCUGCGACCCGCGGAGGACGUUUCGCGCCGCCCUUCGUCCGAUCGUCUCUUCGGCCCAGGUGAUUCACGAACCCAACGGAAGAUCGCGCACCUGUGACUCAGGCUGCUCAUGAGGCUUUUGGAUCGACGAACGGAAUUUCUACACUGACCCAAACUGGAUUUCGAUUAUGAGGUAAAAAACGAUUCUACCAUUUCUGCCGUUUUACAAGGAGCACUUCUUCUAUAGCACGCGAAUAUAAUAACGGCAUGUGGGAGUCUUUAGAGGCCAGCAUGGAGCUGAACGGCUCGGAGGUGGACUGCGACUGUCCCGGACCGCCUCCGGAGUUUCGUCUGCCGCCUCCACCGCGGCCCCCGUUCCUCCAGGAGCCUCAUUGCUCAGAAAACGCGCUCUCCGAGUUUGAAACCUGCGACGCCGUUCCUGUGAUUGAUGCCGAGUUCCACAGCAGCCCUGCCCUGCCCUCGGUAGCGGUGAUCGCAGUUUGCUCCAUCGUUCUCCUAGUCAUGGUCCUCCUUGUCUCUGUCCUUGUUUGGAAACACAAAAGAAAGAUGCAGAAUUUCCUGCCUUGCAAGAACUCUCCGCAGAACCACUGUGAUGUUUCCGGGGCCAACGCCGUCAUCUACGAGGACCUGACGAGCACCCACCUGCGGGCCAACCACCUGCCUACGGUGGCGCCGCCCUCCAUCGAGAUGAUGGACGUGAAGCAGCGCUCGGCCGUUCCCCUGCCUGUCCUGCAGCACUACGGCGCCGGAUUCCCGCCGCACCUGCUGGGCAACGCGUCCGUCUUCAUCUGUCCACCGCCCAGGAUCGACCCCUACGCUGAACAGGAACUCUACAAUCCAGUUUACGAGGAGCUUUCAAACGGUUCCGAAUGCAGAGGCUCGGACAGUGACCAGGGCGACCAAGGCCGCGUGCGGACAGGCAGCGAGGACGAGUUCGCCGAGGACGAGCUGAGCCUGGCGGGCGACCUGGCGCACAGGGUGGUGGGGCCGACGCCGCCGCCCGCCUCCACGCUGCCUUCGCGUCUGCGCUCCAAGAACAGCUCGUUGGCCGGCUCGACCGGCAACGACCUGUGCAGGGACCUGGACUCGUCGGACGCCGACGACCGCCUCAAGACGUCCGAGACGGACUCGUUUCUCGCGCUCAGGAUGGCCAACUGCCGCAACAUGAGUCUGCCCCCGGGCCGGCGGACGCAGCAGGCGGCCGGCCGGCGGCCGAAGAGCCUGGACCGGCGGCGGCACCGCGGCAGCCCGCGCAGCCGCAAGCCGCACGCCUCCCCUCCGCCCCCGCCGGGCCUCGAGCCGGCCGCGUUCCACGCCGGCCUGCUGCUGCAGGACGCCGGCGGCCGCUCGCCGGCCGCCUCGCCCGCCUACCACCUGCCCUACAACUCGUUCUACGUGCGCAGCUCGAACCCGUACGAGACCGUGCUGAACCGGCCGCCCGAACUGACCUCCUUCCGGCCGCCCCUGCCGCCGCAGAACCCGCCCAAGAACAGCAGCAGCCAGGACUCGUUCAACUCGGACUCGGGCUUCAGCAACCACACCACCUCGGGCGGCCGCGCCACCUCGUCGGGCGGCGCCAGCUCGACCAGGGGCCGCACCGGCGAGUUGUACGACCUCAGGCAUCCGCUGCCGCCGCUGCUCUCUUAGUAUUACGUCCAUUCCAAGUGCAAGGACGCGUUUGUGCGCAUCUAGGGGCCGCGUCCCCCGAAACGUUUCGCCUGUUUUUAAUUUUAUUCGGUUUUAUUUGCUCAACUGUGACGAAUUUCCAAGUUCCGACGCGAACCUUGGUCACCCCCUGCUCUGUAAGACUGUUCGGUGUGUAGUGCGAAUUUAGCGAAUCAGCCCCUCUCGAGAAGCAAUCAUCGGCCAGCGCGCACCUUUUAUUCGCAAGUUAAUUGGAAAAUUAAGGACACUGGAAAUUAACUUUGGUGGUGCAUUUGCUAUUUUCGGCGAUGAUUUUACUCAUUCUAAAAGCAUAGUUGUAGACAAAGGUUCAAAAAUUCAGUUCCUUUCCAUAUUUACCAAAUUUACACUGAGAUUUUUUUCCAAAUGUCGUUAUUUUCCAGUGUCUGCCAGUUAAUUUUAAAAAAUUAGCCCCUUGGAUCAAUCACUAGUGAAAUCGCUUAGCAAGAAAACUCUUAGCGUUUGUGUCAGUUGGAGUAAUUAAAUUUAAACAAGUCAGCAGGGUAUUAAUUUCAGUUUCAAUCGCGCUUUUAUAUCAGUUUAGCAAUCUUGUCUGCGCACGCUUUUGGUUUUUGGCGGAUUUGCCACAAAAAUGAACCCCUGGUUGGGUCGGAAAAAUUCUAAACUUUCUCAAGCCCACAUAUCAUGACAUCGCCAGCACACUCCUUUUGGAUCUUCCCAUUAAUUGUCUCUGAAUCACUCUGAAAAAUAAAUUAAUUAAUCACUCACCUCGGAUAAUCAAAAUUUGGCAUGAGCUUAAUCGCGAGCGAAUUUCGUUCCAUAUCCGACGCUACAAAUCGAUUUUUCAUUAUUUGUUAGAGAAAUGUGUUAGUGUCACUGUCUCGCGCGCGCGCGCCAAUUGUCACGUGUCUGUCUAUCUUCUCUUUUUCUAAGGGUUGAUCUGUGAUCUCGAACGAAUGAAUGACAGCAAUUCCCCCGGAAAGCCUCGCCAAAGUGAAUGCGGAAAAAAAUUAUUAUUAUGAUGAAAAAGAGACGUUUCGGUGACGCCGGGGCGAGUUCCGCUUUCCUCUGUACAGCAACGUUUUUACUAGUCUAUAACGCGCAGUUAUUAAACCACACUUAUGUAUAUCAAACACAACACGGAGAGAUAUGAAGAAAUAAUUGAAAGCAGCAUUGUGAGAAAAAUCAUAUUAUAUAAAUUUGAGUACAGAGCCAGCAGUGUAGCAAGUAAGAAUGUUUUAUGUACGGACGAUUUAGUUUUUUCCUGUGGAUAGAAAGAGAUUCGAGGAACUUUUUUAUCGUACCGGAGAAAAUGCAUGUAUGAUUUUAAUUAAAACAACUACCGUGUCUCGCAGAAAUGGAGAAAAUUUACAUGUAUUAAUAUAAUUAACGAUGCCCUGUGCACACAUCGCAAUUAUUGUUUGUCAAUCGAUGCAAAAUUUCGCAAAAUAAAAUUUCCAUGUA